CCUCCUUCCUUCUUCCUUCCCUCGGCCUCCUCGCCCGCCCCACGUGCGGCGGCGGCGCCAUGGAGCUGGAGGCGCUGGGGGUGGGCGAGGAGUGCGGCGUGUUCGGCUGCAUCGCGUCGGGGGGCUGGCCCUCGCAGCUCGACGUGCCGCACGUCAUCACCCUGGGGCUCGUCGGCCUGCAGCACCGGGGCCAGGAAAGUGCUGGCAUUGUGACAAGCGAUGGACAACUAGAGCCAACAUUCAAAAUACACAAAGGAAUGGGCCUGGUAAAUCACGUGUUUACUGAAGAUAAUGUGAAGAAGCUGUACGUCUCGAAUCUGGGAAUUGGCCACACGCGGUACUCCACUACCGGGAACUCGGAGCUAGAGAACUGUCAGCCCUUUGUGGUGGAAACCCUCCACGGGAAGAUUGCCGUGGCCCACAAUGGAGAGUUGAUAAACGCUGUCCGCCUGAGGAAAAAGUUGCUGCGUUAUGGUGUGGGGCUGUCCACGAGUUCCGACAGUGAGAUGAUCACCCAGCUGUUAGCGUACACGCCUCCUCUGGAACGCGAUGACACUCCAGACUGGGUGGCAAGGAUUAAAAAUUUAAUGAAAGAGACGCCCACGUCGUACUCGCUGCUUAUCAUGCACAGGGACGUCAUUUACGCCGUGCGCGAUCCUUACGGAAACCGUCCCCUCUGCAUCGGCCGUCUCAUUCCCGUGUCGGACAUAAAUGGAAGAGGAAAGAACAGCACCGAAACAGAGGGUUGGGUGGUGUCCUCGGAGUCCUGUAGCUUUCUGUCCAUUGGUGCAGUGUAUUACCGGGAAGUCCUACCUGGAGAGAUUGUGAAAAUUUCCAAAGAUGAAGUUCAAACCCUCGAUACCGUGGAAAGAUCCCGAGGAGAUCCAGCAGCCUUCUGCAUCUUCGAAUACGUUUAUUUCGCGAGACCGGACAGCAUGUUUGAAGACCAGAUGGUGUACACGGUUCGACAUCGGUGUGGCCAGCAGCUGGCCAUCGAAGCCCCCGUGGAUGCAGACCUGGUCAGCACCGUCCCCGAGUCGGCCACUCCGGCCGCGCUCGGUUACGCGGGAAAGUGUGGCCUACCCUAUGUAGAAGUGCUGUGUAAAAAUCGCUACGUAGGAAGAACCUUCAUCCAACCAAAUAUGCGACUAAGACAACUGGGCGUGGCCAAAAAGUUUGGAGUGUUGUCGGACAACUUCAAAGGCAAAAGGAUCGUUCUUGUCGACGAUUCCAUUGUGAGAGGCAACACCAUCUCACCCAUCAUCAAGUUACUCAAGGAAUCUGGGGCAAAGGAAGUACAUAUCCGGGUAGCUUCACCGCCCAUCAGAUACCCCUGCUAUAUGGGCAUAAAUAUUCCUACAAAAGAAGAGCUGAUCGCCAACAGGCCGGAAUUUGACAACCUUGCAAAAUACAUCGGAGCAAACAGCGUUGUGUAUCUCUCUGUCGAUGGACUGAUAUCAUCCGUUCAAGAAGGGAUCAAAUUUAAGAAGAAAGCGGCGAAGCAGGAAAACGCAAUUCAAGAGAAUGGGAUUGAUGUGAAAUCCUUUCAAAGGAACGGUCAUUGCACUGCGUGUCUCACCGGGAAAUAUCCAGUCGAAUUGGAAUGGUGAAUUGUCCUUGGAUGGGGCGCCAGUGAGAUGUGGAGGCAGAGGGAUUUUGUUAGAUGCAUGGUGUAAAAAGCGAAACAAACCAAACCCACUGUUACUUCAUGAAACCAUGCAGACACGGCGGGGUUUUUUUGUUACCUUUGGUCUUUUUAAAUUGUGAGUAUCAGGAAUCUUUGGUUUGUUGUAUGAUGUAGAUAAAUAUAUUUCUUUAUCCAGGAUUUGAGUGUGUUCAGUUUUAUUAGGUCAGUGAAACGAUCUUGGAAUACUGGUGACUCGGGUUGGAUACGUUACAUUUCGAAGCACCGAAACGGUAGAACAGAGGGGGAAAAAACCUCAACCGUAGACGCGUGGGGAGAAUACCAAUAUUUGGGACGUUAGCGUCUUCCUAAAAAUUCUUCUCCGCAGCCGGGUGGAAUUUCAAGAACGACUUCUGUCCAAGUUCUGGUACGAAGCAAUUGCCUGGAUUGAAUUAACCUGUGACAGGAGAAGUGCAGUGCAGUAGUAUGUAAUAUUCUUUGCGUCAACACCCCUUCCAUCUUCUCAUCAUUUGGGCCACGGAAGCUAAGUUCGAGCAGCUCCGACGGGGUCUGGAGGAGUCGUUUGUUUUGCCAGUCAACCGAGAAGAAGCCCGGGCUUCGUCGGGCACACCAGAUGGAGCCCUGGAAUGUGAGGUGUGACAUUCUCCCCUCCCCACCCCCCCCAGUCUGACCUUGCCUUGUCUCGCUCUUCUGUGCCUUUCCCAUGGUCUGUGCGCUAAAUCGCUCGUUUCCCUCCGCUCCUACAAAGACUCUCGUCCGUCUGGGAACGGUCCACCAAUUUUCCCGUCAGAUUUCAAGAGGAAAGCAUGGUGGGUAGGAAGACCGUGAGGGUUUUGUUUUCCGUUUUGUUGUUCUUUGACCUCCACCUGGUGCUCAGUAGAAAUCAGAAGACUGACGUUGCUCUGAAGUUACGGCGUCCCUCGGGUCUUGGACCACCUGGAGGCUUGUUGGGGAGGGUCUCUUGGAUAACUGUGGCCCCGGGGGCGGCGGGGGGAAGGUUCCAGCAGGGCCCGGCAAGAGGACCCACUUAAGUCCUCCUCACCAAUAUUAGGAUUCUUAACUUUGUUGCCCCGGUUUGGUUAUGGAGGAGACAUUUCCGAGCGUAGAGUUGAAAGAAAAAAAAUUGCUUCUCGGUGGUACCUCUAGACUUGGAAGUCUCGAUCUAAAAACACUGCCGUCUUCUCACGGGACGAAAAAGGUAAGUUCAUUUUGAAAGGCCUGCAAACCCCGGCUCGGCGACCACGGCAGAGGUCAAGCUUUUAGUGGGACUGCGGAGACCAACUGACGGGCUCAUUUGGACAUAAAUAUUUUUUCUUUUUCUUUUUUUUUUUUUUUUAACAUUGUAAAGAGGUUUCUGGAUUUUUUUGUACACUGUUCAUUUGGAGGCCAUGCUUUCUAAUGGCUCUCAUACACCUGUUCAGCGUUUUUAAGAUUGAGAGCCAGCGCGACGAGUUUUGGGGUGUUCCGGGCUGUCUUACGUACCGAGGCCUGAUGCAUCUUGGAGUCUGUUUAUUGAUAAAGCCACCUCUGUCCAAGGGGCACAGCGCAGCACCGUGGCAGCCGCAGACAGCUGCCCCCUGCCAACCCGGGCUGUGUGCACGACCGAUCCCGGCCCGCCGUUCCGCCUCCCGCCCGUCCUCAGGCUGGCAGCAGGACGGAGACGAGCGGGUGGCAUUUCGGCACAGCUGUCUACGGCAGAAUACGGCACGACGGCCUUUAGGGAAAUCCUCGUGGUUUCCGAGCCUAAAGCCGCCGCGGCGAACACGGCAGCGCCUCCGGAAAGCUUCAGCGAGGAGCCUUGGACCGCUGGUCGAGAUGUACAGGCCGUGUGUUUAUAAAAACAAGAAACUCAGGGAAAUACUAAACCAAACUAUUCGAAUCUGUUGUUUUCGUUGGUUUAAAAGUCUCAUGUUAUUUGGGAAUGUUUUUUAUAGCUAGGUUAUGAUGGAAGAGGAAUAUGUGACGAUUUGUACGUGAAUGUACCUGUUAUGGAUGUCUCUCUUUUUUUUUUUUCUCACGUCAAGUUCGCUUUUACUUUCUCAAGUUUAAGCAGAUCAGUGAUACUAGACAGAUUUCUCGACAUUUUAAAUUUACAAAUGGAAUUUUGUAAAUGGGAGUACUGUAAAAGAAAAAAAAAUGACGAGGUAGAAAAUGCCUUUCAUGAGAAAUAUAUCGCAUUCGUGUUCUGA